AUCAGCCCGUUUGAAGUGACUGUGGGUUUCAGUUUGUCUUUUCUCCCCGUGAUACUAUUGCAGGGGAAUGAUAAUUAGACCUUUACUUUAAAAAUCCAAAGGGGCUCUCUUCCUUUCUUUUCCCUCCCUCUUCUCCCCCUCCUCCCUCUCUCCCUCUCUCGCUCCCUCCCUCUCUCUUUCUCUCUUGCUCAGAAGUUGGCAAAGGGGGUUUUCUUAAUCAGACUGUUUUCUGGUCCGAGGGAAAGGAGGAAGAAGGAGAUUGUGAUGGAGAAAGGGGGUCUGUAAACCGUCAGGCACCGCACAAAGGCUUUGCCACGUAAUUACAGGCUCCUAUUAAAUCGAGAUCUGCCCUCCCAGGGGUCUCCAAUUUUCUUGUAUUCCCUACAAAGCCUCCUCUGCAUGCCAGUUUGUGCCUUUUGAAGUGCCAGAGAGCUUCUUGAUCCAACUGAGAAGGAAAAGGGAGCUCAGCGAGAAGAGGGGGAGAGAGCGAAGGGAACGGGGGAAACCCACCACCACCCUCCUUCGGACUCUUGGAGCCCCCCGCUUUUUUUUCCCCCUCCUUACGAAAAGUAAAGUGAGACUCCUGCUCUCCAAUACAUCUGCAAGACAUCACCCUCUCCUCCUGAAACUUUAGUCACUCCUGAGAAUCCACAGGAGUGCAGAGAGGGGGAACACGUUUUUCUUGAAGAUGUUUUAAAGCUGGAACAAGCCUUCUUCUGUUGGUGCUUGAACUCUUGCCUGGGAAUAACUUUUUUAACCUAAAAAAAAAAAAAAAAACCCACUUUGAUUCUUCUCUCCCACCCCUUCUUCUCUCUUCUUCUGUUUGCCUAACUCCCCCGCCCUGCUGGCCUCUCCUUUCCUUUCUCCCCCUUAUUAUUAUUUUUAGUGCGUGCGUGUGGACGCUUUUGGAGAGCUGGAAGGAUUUUUUUUUUUUCUCUCUCUCUCUCCUGACUUGAACAUAGGGUGACUUUUCAUUUUAUUUUUUUGGUGUGGAUUAUCUCUUUGGACCGCGCCGGACUUGGCCUCAGGAAAGCAACCGAGGCUGUCGAAAGCUGCUGGUGCAGAACUCUCUGCUCUUACAGAAGGGGGUCCCCCGCCCUCUUUCCACUUUUUUUUUGUUGUUGUUCUUCCCCUCCUUCUCUCUCUCUCUCUCCCUCUCUCUCUCCACUCCCCCCCUCUCUCUGCCCCACUCGGCUCCUCUCCCCCCUCGCGCCCACAGCGUUUGGUGUUGAUUCGAGCGGGAAAGGGGGGUGGGUGGGAUCGGAGGGGAAGACCAUGACCUCCAGCUACGGGCACGUUCUGGAGCGGCAACCGGCGCUGGGCGGCCGCUUGGACAGCCCGGGCAACCUCGACACCCUGCAGGCGAAAAAGAACUUCUCCGUCAGUCACCUGCUAGACCUGGAGGAAGCGGGGGACAUGGUGGCGGCGCAGGCGGACGAGAGCGUGGGCGAGGCGGGCCGGAGCCUACUGGAGUCGCCGGGACUCACCAGCGGCAGCGACACCCCGCAACAGGACAAUGAUCAACUGAACUCAGAGGAAAAGAAGAAAAGAAAGCAGCGGAGGAACAGGACAACCUUCAACAGCAGUCAGCUGCAGGCUUUGGAGCGUGUCUUUGAGCGGACACACUACCCAGAUGCUUUUGUGCGAGAAGACCUUGCCCGCCGGGUGAACCUCACUGAGGCCAGAGUGCAGGUGUGGUUUCAGAACCGAAGAGCCAAAUUCCGCAGGAAUGAGAGAGCCAUGCUGGCCAAUAAAAACGCUUCCCUCCUCAAAUCCUACUCAGGAGACGUGACUGCUGUGGAGCAGCCCAUCGUACCUCGUCCUGCUCCAAGACCCACUGAUUAUCUCUCCUGGGGGACGGCCUCUCCGUACAGAUCCUCCUCCCUCCCAAGAUGUUGUUUACACGAGGGGCUUCAUAACGGAUUCUAACGGAAGACACUGAAAAGCGCCAUGGCUACUUAUUCUGCCACAUGUGCCAACAAUAACCCUGCACAGGGCAUCAACAUGGCCAACAGCAUUGCCAACCUGAGACUGAAGGCCAAGGAAUAUAGUUUACAGAGGAACCAGGUGCCAACAGUCAACUGAGGAAAAAAAUAAUUAAACAGGCCUAAGAAGAAGUCAAAAACCAUAAGACACCUAUCCUGCUCUGUCAUUUCUACAUCUGCUGGGAAAAAAAUAAAAAAUAAAAACAAACAAAAAAAACCAGAACUAAACUAUUGGGACCAUGGCAGAGAAAAGCAGGAGAGGAGCAAAAUGAAAAUUAGUUAGCAAAUGUUCCUCCUCCCUCUGGGAUACCACCACCACUUGUUUCUGUGUGUGUUAAUUUUGUUUUUCCUUCUACUCAUAUGCUUUGCUUAAUAUACUCUGAGCUUCUUCAGUUAAGUUCAGCCCACCCACCCCCAUGAUUGUAUGGGUUUUAAAAGAAUCGACAGCAGCCAAAGAAACCAUAUAUGUAUAUAUAUAUUCAGAAUAAUUGCCUGUAGUCUCAUUGACCUGUUUGAACCUCAGUGCCUUACCCCAUCCUUCUUCCCAGUUCUCUGGAUAGAAGCUCUAGGAACUUCUGAAAAGCCAAAGUCUUUCUGAAGCAUUUGUGCCAGACAUAAUUCCCUUGCUCACUGUCUCCAUCUCUGUUGGUUAUGGUAAGGUUACUCCUUCAGCUACUAUGGGGAAAAAAAAAAAGCAAUUGUAUACAACAUCUGGUCACUGGCCUAUCUAAUCCAAUGUGAUUGGCUAUGUCUGGCUAAUUCUAAGCUCUAAGCUCUAGAUUUAAGCUCUAAGCAAUAGAGGAUAAUAUCACCUCACUACUACCCCUCACCCCUAUCCAAGCAGUCAUCUUAAGUUAAAGAUAUUUGUUGUUUCUUGAGUAAUUUGCUAACAUAGGCUUAUCUGAUAGAAGACAUAUUUUUCACUUGAGAGAGGAAGAGACAUUUCUCUAGGAAAACAAACACUUAAGUUGUGAAAGGCAUGGCCUACAUCUCUUUGGUGCCUUAAGGGUAGUCAGAUGCACACUUAUAUAUAUACUGUAUAUAUUUAUAUAUUAUAUAUAUAUAUAUAUAAAAUAUUCUUGCAAGCUUGAGUUUGCAGUUUCUCAAACACUACCAAGAGCAAAUUUCACACCAUCACCAGUGUCCUUAUUUCUACCGUGGUAAGACUUUUAAUUAGGGAUCUUGUUUCCUUUCUUUCUCUACACAAAAUUCUCACUAUGGCCACAGAGCAAUUGAUAAAGCAGCUGUCUGAGAACAGUUAUAACUUUCACAUUAGCAUUUUAAAUAAAUUAGAAACAAUUGAGGCUAUGAAAAUGUCCUAAAGUUUGGCACCUGAACUCUGGUGAAAUGCUGAUGCAUACUAAACUAUCAUGAGAAUUAGACAUAGCAGAGGAAAAGCCAUUUAGUUAUCUGUCCUUUUUCCACUCAACAGGAAUACGAAAGAUACAUGAUUCAGUGAAAUACUUAAAGGUGUAUCUAAAUUCUAAGAAUUUGAAAGGCAAUUGUUGGCUAUUUGUAUCUUCUAAUCUAUUGAAAUAAAGUUUAGUAUCUAGGGCUGGGAGCCAGGACUGACUGAUCUUUUGUUUCUUUCUCUUUUGUUUCCACCCAUGCUUUUGAAACUUGUCAGGUAGACACGACCAAACCACAUUAUCAUGCUGUGCCUUGGUUUACCUUUUUUUGUAAAAUGGGUCUAACAGUACUUACCUACCUCACAGGGGUGUUGUGAGGCUCUAAUCAUUUGCUCCUUUAUCCUUUCCUGUAUCCUCUGUAUGUCCAGCACUUUGUAGCCAUGGGAGGGAAGGGACUAUGAAAGUAUACUAUGUUAACAGAAGGCUAUGGUACCCAGAAGCCUUGUUUUCCAGCAAGGAGAUGCUACCUUGCUGUAAAUACUCAUAACCAUGCAUUUGGAAAUGACAAAUAGGUUUAUAUUUGCAGACCUCUCAAAAAUCACAUCAUUUGACCAAAAAAUAACUUGAGACACACAGAACAGACAUCUCUUUGACUUAUAUUUUCAUCUUGACCAACUUGAAUUUAUAAUAAUUUUCUAAAUUAGUUGAAAAGAUUUAGAUUGAUUUUGGCCAAAUAUGCCAACUCUGAGUAACAGGCAAGGAUUUGGGACUUAAGCUCCACUUUCAGGACACAUUUGUGAUUUUCCCUGGCAUAUCAGAUUGAACUAAUGGUGGUAUUUUCAGUCAAACAGUCAUCAAUUUGAAAAUGUAUUUCCAAUGUUGAUUCUAAACUUUUUUUUUUAAUAAGAAGGAAGCCCCUCUUAUAUGCAUAUUGCUUUCAUCAACUGAUUUCCUCUUUUAACAUACUAUUAAAUCAUUUCUUACUGAAUGGUUUAUGUAGGCUGGCUGAACAAUACACAUUACUGCUUCCUAUUCUUCAACUAAUUCUCUUGUCCCACUAGCUGCUGAAGAUUAUCAAGUUUUCAUCCUAACAGAUUAAAACAUUCUUUGUGAAAAGAGUGCAGUCCAAGAAACUAGUGAACCUUUGGAGUUUGGGGAGAAAAACUAAAAAAAGAUUUGCGGUGUAUAGUGCAGGGAAUAGACAUCAUAGGUGAAAAGAUUUUGCUAAAAAUGGGGGGAAUCUUAGAAGAGGGAGUAAAGAGAUAGAGGAUCAUGUGAAACAAAGUCAUUUGAAACUUUCGUCCUGACAUUCAUUUUGAAUGGUGAAGAGAAAAGCCUGAACCCCCAUAACCCCAGUGCUGGAUGAAAUUAGGCAGUGCCUGGGCAAGUGCUUGCUGUCCAGGAAUAUCAUAGAGUAAUCAAUACUGUCAGUCAUAGGAGAUUUUAUUGCUAGUGAAUCAAAACCACAAGCAUCGACUAUGUAAGGAUCUGAUGGAGAAAUAUACACAGGGUACCAGCACUCAGUUUUGUUCAUUCAUUAUUGAUUUUUAAAAAAUAGAAGUUUCAUAUGUGAUUUGGAAGAACAGCAUUCUGGCUCCUAAACCAGGUGUGAGAGGGCCUCAGGGCCACGAAGUUCAAAGGCAUAUCCCUGUUCUUCAUCAUCUAUACCCAGAUAACAGAUGAAUACAUGCCAACUGUCUGUGUUCCCAGUCCCAAACAAGACACUGAUUUGUAGAGUACUUGGCAGGUUAAAUCAAGCUGGAAGAGGUGACUGGAUAAAAAAGGGAAUGACAUUUAGGGUAUAAAGAUCUCAUAAGAAAUGUAAUAUGUAAAUUAUAUCUUGCUUUAUGAUGUAAAAUAUACAUUGUUUGCGCUAGAAUAGAAGUGAUUCCUUUUCAAUAAAAAGAAAGAAGGAUACGACUA